AUGGGAGGCGCCCUAGCCUCCCCGCAGGCCACAGCGCUGGGAAUCCUGCCUUCCCUGCUAUCUCCCUGAGGCAAGGGGUUGGAGGUUAACACGGAGUGUUUCUCAAUCACUGUGUCACUGAACCUGGAGCUCACUGACUCUGCUAGACUGGGACGUUCUGACAAUUGGAUGAACCUUGAGGGCAUUGAGCCAAGUGAAAUAAGCCAGUAACAGAAAGACAAAAGUCCUGAUCACACUUAAAUAAGCUUCCUGUGCCUCUCAGCUUCCUCCAGAGACACUUGUCCUUGGCAGCUGUGCCUUCCUUGGGUGUCCAGCUGAGUUGUUUGCAGUUAACCAGCUUCAGCAAAUGUCAGCAUGAGCCCCUGGCUUGGGAUGCUCCCAGGUUAGGCCUCAUCCCGGGAUCGAGCUUUUGCCUAUCGUCUCCCGCCUCCGCGUGUCCUGCUACGCAGAAGACUCCAGUGUUGUGUUUGGUUAUGCAAUGGUCUCUGCAAGAUGUCUUAUUCUUGAAUUUGAACCUUUUAAGACUGACAAAUGCUGGUACUUCAUCUUCUAUAAGUGGACUAUAAUUUCUUUUCUUAAGACAACUACAUAAGCAGACAAAAUUGCAAAGAUCUGCCCUGUGUCGAGUAUGACAGCCACGACUCGUGGCUCUCCAGUUGGAGGGAAUGACAACCAGGGCCAAGCCCCUGAUGGACAGUCUCAGCCCCCCCUCCAACAGAAUCAGACUUCAUCGCCUGAUUCGUCCAAUGAAAAUUCCCCUGCAACUCCUCCUGAUGAGCAAGGUCAAGGUGAUGCUCCUCCACAGAUUGAAGAUGAGGAACCGGCAUUUCCACACACUGACUUGGCAAAGUUAGAUGAUAUGAUCAACAGGCCUCGAUGGGUCGUUCCAGUUUUGCCGAAAGGGGAGUUAGAAGUGCUUUUAGAAGCUGCUAUCGAUCUUAGUAAGAAAGGCCUUGAUAUUAAAAGUGAAGCAUGUCAGCGAUUUUUCCGAGAUGGGCUAACAAUCUCAUUCACAAAAAUCCUUACAGAUGAAGCAGUGAGUGGCUGGAAGUUUGAAAUUCAUAGAUGUAUUAUUAACAAUACUCAUCGCCUGGUGGAGCUAUGUGUGGCUAAAUUAGCCCAAGAUUGGUUUCCGCUUCUAGAACUUCUUGCCAUGGCCUUAAAUCCUCACUGCAAAUUCCAUAUCUACAAUGGUACACGUCCCUGCGAGUCAGGGUCCUCAAGUGUUCAGUUGCCUGAAGAUGAACUCUUUGCUCGUUCUCCAGAUCCUCGAUCACCAAAAGGUUGGCUAGUGGAUCUCCUCAACAAAUUUGGCACUUUAAAUGGAUUCCAGAUACUGCACGAUCGUUUUAUUACUGGAUCAGCAUUAAAUGUUCAGAUAAUUGCAGCCCUUAUUAAACCAUUUGGACAGUGCUAUGAGUUUCUUACUCUUCACGCGGUGAAAAAAUACUUUCUUCCAAUAAUAGAAAUGGUUCCACAGUUUUUAGAAAACUUAACUGAUGAAGAGCUAAAGAAAGAAGCAAAGAAUGAAGCCAAAAAUGAUGCUCUUUCAAUGAUUAUUAAAUCAUUGAAGAAUUUAGCUUCACGAGUUCCUGGACAAGAAGAAACUGUAAAGAACUUAGAAAUAUUUAGGCUAAAAAUGAUACUUAGAUUGUUGCAAAUUUCUUCUUUCAAUGGAAAGAUGAAUGCACUGAAUGAGGUUAAUAAGGUGAUUUCCAGUGUGUCAUACUAUACCCAUCGUCAUGGCAGUCCUGAGGAAGAAGAGUGGCUCACAGCAGAGAGAAUGGCUGAAUGGAUACAGCAGAACAACAUUUUAUCCAUAGUUUUACGAGACAGUCUUCAUCAACCACAAUAUGUAGAGAAACUAGAAAAGAUUCUGCGCUUUGUUAUAAAAGAAAAAGCUCUGACCUUGCAAGAUCUUGAUAAUAUCUGGGCAGCACAGGCAGGGAAACAUGAAGCCAUUGUAAAGAAUGUACAUGAUCUACUGGCCAAAUUGGCAUGGGAUUUUUCUCCUGAACAACUUGAUCAUCUUUUUGAUUGCUUUAAGGCCAGUUGGACAAAUGCAAGUAAAAAACAACGGGAAAAGCUCCUUGAGCUGAUUCGUCGUCUUGCAGAAGAUGAUAAAGAUGGUGUGAUGGCACAUAAAGUGUUGAACCUUCUGUGGAAUCUAGCUCACAGUGAUGAUGUGCCUGUAGAUAUCAUGGACUUGGCUCUCAGUGCUCACAUCAAAAUACUAGAUUAUAGUUGCUCCCAGGACCGGGACACCCAAAAGAUCCAGUGGAUAGAUCGCUUCAUAGAAGAACUUCGCACAAAUGACAAAUGGGUCAUUCCUGCACUGAAACAAAUUAGAGAAAUUUGUAGUUUGUUUGGUGAAGCACCUCAAAAUUUGAGUCAAAGUCAGCGAAGUCCCCAUGUAUUUUAUCGCCAUGACUUAAUCAAUCAACUUCAGCACAAUCAUGCCCUAGUUACUUUGGUAGCAGAAAACCUUGCAACUUACAUGGAAAGUAUGAGAAUGUAUGGCAGAGACAAUGAAGACUAUGACCCACAAACUGUGAGACUGGGAAGUAGAUAUAGUCACGUUCAAGAAGUCCAAGAACGGCUUAACUUCCUUAGAUUUUUAUUGAAGGAUGGCCAGCUGUGGCUGUGUGCUCCCCAGGCAAAACAAAUAUGGAAGUGCUUAGCAGAGAAUGCAGUUUAUCUUUGUGACCGUGAAGCCUGUUUUAAGUGGUAUUCCAAAUUAAUGGGAGACGAACCAGACUUAGAUCCUGAUAUCAAUAAGGACUUCUUUGAAAGCAAUGUGCUUCAGCUUGAUCCUUCCCUAUUAACUGAAAACGGGAUGAAAUGUUUUGAGAGAUUCUUCAAAGCUGUGAAUUGUCGAGAAGGAAAACUAGUAGCAAAAAGAAGAGCAUAUAUGAUGGAUGAUUUGGAAUUGAUAGGAUUAGACUAUCUUUGGAGGGUUGUAAUUCAGAGUAAUGAUGAUAUUGCCUGCCGAGCUAUUGAUCUCCUUAAAGAGAUAUACACAAACCUUGGUCCAAGGCUGCAGGUCAAUCAGGUGGUGAUCCAUGAAGACUUCAUUCAGUCUUGCUUUGAUCGUUUGAAAGCAUCUUAUGACACUUUGUGUGUUUUGGAUGGUGACAAAGACAGUAUUAAUUGUGCAAGACAGGAAGCUGUUCGAAUGGUCCGAGUAUUAACUGUUCUAAGAGAAUAUAUAAAUGAAUGUGACAGUGAUUAUCAUGAAGAAAGAACAAUUUUGCCUAUGUCCAGAGCUUUCCGUGGUAAACACCUCUCUUUUAUAGUUCGAUUUCCAAACCAGGGCAGACAAGUAGAUGACUUGGAGGUUUGGUCUCAUACAAAUGAUACCAUUGGUUCAGUUCGACGAUGCAUACUCAAUCGCAUUAAAGCCAAUGUAGCUCAUACAAAAAUUGAACUCUUUGUGGGUGGUGAGCUUAUUGAUCCUGGAGAUGACAGAAAGUUGAUUGGACAAUUAAACCUAAAAGAUAAAUCACUAAUUACAGCCAAACUUACACAAAUAAGCUCCAAUAUGCCUUCAAGUCCUGAUAGCUCCUCUGAUUCCUCAACUGGAUCUCCUGGAAACCAUGGUAAUCAUUACAGUGACGGCCCCAAUCCAGAAGUGGAAAGCUGUUUGCCUGGAGUGAUAAUGUCACUUCAUCCCAGAUACAUCUCUUUCCUUUGGCAAGUUGCAGACUUAGGGAGCAGCCUAAAUAUGCCACCUCUUAGAGAUGGAGCAAGAGUGCUUAUGAAACUUAUGCCGCCAGAUAGUACAACAAUAGAAAAAUUGAGAGCUAUUUGUUUGGACCAUGCCAAACUUGGAGAAAGCAGCCUUAGUCCAUCUCUUGACUCACUUUUCUUUGGUCCUUCAGCCUCACAAGUGCUAUACCUAACAGAGGUAGUCUAUGCCUUGUUAAUGCCUGCUGGUGCACCUCUGGCUGAUGAUUCUUCUGAUUUUCAGUUUCACUUCUUGAAAAGUGGUGGUCUGCCCCUUGUCCUGAGUAUGCUAACCAGAAAUAACUUCCUACCAAAUGCAGAUAUGGAAACUCGAAGGGGUGCCUACCUCAAUGCUCUUAAAAUAGCCAAACUAUUACUAACUGCCAUUGGCUAUGGUCAUGUUCGUGCUGUGGCAGAAGCUUGUCAGCCAGGUGUAGAAGGAGUGAAUCCUAUGACAUCGGUCAACCAAGUAACUCAUGAUCAAGCAGUGGUGCUACAAAGUGCCCUUCAGAGCAUUCCUAACCCAUCAUCUGAAUGCAUGCUUAGAAAUGUGUCUGUUCGUCUGGCUCAACAGAUUUCUGAUGAGGCUUCAAGAUAUAUGCCUGAUAUUUGUGUAAUUAGAGCUAUACAAAAAAUUAUUUGGACAUCAGGAUGCGGGGGAUUACACCUGGUAUUCAGCCCAAAUGAAGAAGUCACAAAAAUUUAUGAGAAGACCAAUGCAGGCAAUGAGCCAGACCUUGAAGAUGAACAGGUUUGCUGUGAAGCAUUGGAGGUGAUGACACUGUGUUUCGCCUUGAUUCCAACAGCCUUAGAUGCUCUAAGUAAAGAUAAAGCGUGGCAGGCAUUCAUUAUUGACAUACUGUUGCACUGUCGCAGCAAAACUGUUCGUCAAGUGGCACAGGAACAAUUUUUCUUAAUGUGCACCAGAUGUUGCAUGGGACACAGGCCUCUACUUUUCUUCAUUACUCUGCUCUUUACUGUUUUAGGGAGCACAGCCAGAGAGAGAGCUAAACAUUCAGGCGACUACUUUACUCUUUUAAGGCAUCUUCUUAAUUACGCUUACAACAGUAACAUUAAUGUACCCAAUGCUGAAGUUCUUCUAAAUAAUGAAAUUGAUUGGCUUAAAAGGAUUAGGGAUGAUGUUAAAAGAACAGGUGAUACAGGUGUUGAAGAGACAAUCUUAGAAGGACACCUUGGGGUUACAAAGGAACUACUGGCUUUUCAGACUCCAGAGAAAAAGUUUCAUAUUGGUUGUGAAAAGGGAGGUGCUAAUCUCAUUAAAGAAUUAAUCGACGAUUUCAUCUUUCCUGCAUCCAAUGUUUACCUGCAGUAUAUGAGAAAUGGAGAACUCCCUGCUGAGCAGGCCAUUCCUGUCUGUGGCUCACCAUCCACAAUUAAUGCUGGUUUUGAGUUACUUGUGGCAUUAGCUGUUGGCUGUGUGAGGAACCUUAAACAGAUAGUAGAUUCUUUGACUGAAAUGUAUUACAUUGGUACAGCAAUAACUACUUGUGAAGCACUUACUGAGUGGGAAUACCUGCCACCUGUUGGACCCCGCCCACCAAAAGGAUUUGUGGGGCUGAAAAAUGCUGGUGCUACUUGUUACAUGAAUUCUGUGAUUCAGCAACUCUAUAUGAUUCCCUCUAUCAGGAACGGUAUUCUUGCGAUUGAAGGCACAGGUAGUGAUGUAGAUGAUGAUAUGUCUGGGGAUGAGAAGCAGGACAAUGAGAGCAAUGUUGAUCCCAGGGAUGAUGUGUUUGGAUAUCCUCAACAAUUUGAAGACAAACCACCACUGAGUAAAACAGAAGAUAGGAAAGAGUACAAUAUUGGUGUUCUAAGACACCUUCAGGUUAUCUUUGGCCAUUUAGCUGCUUCUCGACUACAGUACUACGUGCCCAGAGGAUUUUGGAAACAGUUCAGGCUUUGGGGUGAGCCUGUUAAUCUUCGUGAACAACAUGAUGCUUUAGAGUUCUUUAAUUCAUUGGUGGAUAGUUUAGAUGAAGCUUUAAAAGCCUUAGGGCAUCCAGCUAUGCUAAGUAAAGUUUUGGGAGGUUCCUUUGCUGAUCAGAAAAUUUGCCAAGGCUGCCCACAUAGGUACGAAUGUGAAGAAUCUUUUACAACUCUGAAUGUAGACAUUAGAAACCACCAAAAUCUUCUUGAUUCUUUGGAACAGUAUGUCAAAGGAGAUUUACUAGAAGGGGCAAAUGCUUAUCAUUGUGAAAAAUGCAAUAAAAAGGUUGAUACUGUAAAGCGCUUGCUAAUUAAAAAAUUGCCUCCUGUUCUUGCUAUCCAACUAAAACGAUUUGAUUAUGACUGGGAAAGAGAAUGUGCAAUCAAGUUCAACGAUUACUUUGAAUUUCCUCGAGAGUUAGACAUGGAACCUUACACAGUUGCAGGUGUUGCUAAACUGGAGGGAGAUAAUGUCAACCCAGAAAGUCAGUUGAUACAACAGAAUGAGCAGUCUGAAAGCGAGAAAGCAGGAAGCACAAAAUACAGACUUGUGGGUGUGCUUGUGCACAGUGGUCAAGCAAGUGGGGGACAUUACUAUUCUUACAUCAUCCAGAGGAAUGGAGGGGAUGGUGAAAAAAAUCGUUGGUAUAAAUUUGAUGAUGGAGAUGUAACAGAGUGUAAAAUGGAUGACGAUGAAGAAAUGAAAAACCAGUGUUUUGGUGGCGAGUACAUGGGAGAAGUGUUUGAUCACAUGAUGAAGCGCAUGUCGUACAGACGUCAGAAAAGGUGGUGGAAUGCAUAUAUACUUUUUUAUGAACGAAUGGACACAAUAGGUCAUGAUGAUGAGGUGAUAAGAUACAUAUCAGAGAUUGCUAUCACCACAAGGCCUCAUCAGAUUGUUAUGCCAUCAGCCAUUGAAAGAAGUGUACGGAAGCAGAACGUUCAGUUUAUGCACAACCGAAUGCAGUACAGUUUGGAAUAUUUUCAGUUUAUGAAAAAGCUACUUACAUGUAAUGGUGUUUACUUAAACCCUCCUCCAGGGCAAGAUCACCUGUCUCCUGAAGCAGAAGAAAUCACUAUGAUUAGUAUUCAGCUUGCUGCUAGAUUCCUUUUUACUACAGGAUUUCACACAAAGAAAAUAGUCCGAGGAUCCGCCAGUGAUUGGUAUGAUGCAUUGUGUAUUCUCCUGCGUCACAGCAAGAAUGUGCGGUUUUGGUUUGCUCACAAUGUCCUUUUUAAUGUUUCAAAUCGAUUCUCUGAGUACCUUUUGGAAUGUCCUAGUGCAGAAGUGAGAGGUGCAUUUGCAAAACUUAUUGUUUUCAUUGCACAUUUUUCCUUACAAGACGGGCCUUGUCCUUCACCUUUUGCAUCUCCUGGACCUUCUAGUCAGGCUUAUGACAACUUAAGUUUGAGUGACCACUUAUUAAGAGCAGUACUAAAUCUCUUGAGGAGGGAGGUUUCAGAGCAUGGACGUCAUUUACAGCAGUAUUUCAACUUGUUUGUAAUGUAUGCCAAUUUAGGAGUGGCAGAGAAAACACAGCUGCUGAAACUGAGUGUACCUGCUACCUUUAUGCUUGUGUCCUUAGAUGAAGGUCCUGGUCCUCCAAUUAAAUAUCAGUAUGCUGAAUUAGGCAAAUUAUACUCAGUAGUGUCACAGCUCAUCCGCUGUUGCAAUGUCUCUUCAAGAAUGCAGUCUUCGAUCAAUGGUAAUCCUUCUCUUCCAAAUCCUUUUGGUGAUCCUAAUUUAUCACAACCUAUAAUGCCAAUUCAACAAAAUGUGGUAGACAUUUUAUUUGUGAGAACAAGUUAUGUGAAGAAAAUUAUUGAAGACUGCAGUAACUCUGAUGAGACUGUCAAAUUGCUUCGCUUUUGCUGCUGGGAGAAUCCUCAGUUCUCAUCUACUGUCCUCAGUGAACUUCUUUGGCAGGUUGCAUAUUCCUAUACUUACGAACUCCGGCCCUAUUUGGAUCUGCUUUUACAAAUCUUACUGAUUGAAGACUCCUGGCAGACUCACAGAAUUCAUAAUGCCCUUAAAGGAAUUCCAGAUGACCGAGAUGGGCUGUUUGACACAAUUCAGCGUUCUAAGAAUCACUAUCAAAAAAGAGCAUACCAGUGUAUAAAAUGUAUGGUAGCCCUCUUUAGCAGUUGUCCUGUUGCUUACCAAAUCCUGCAGGGCAAUGGGGAUCUUAAAAGGAAAUGGACCUGGGCAGUGGAGUGGCUUGGAGAUGAACUCGAAAGAAGACCAUACACUGGCAAUCCUCAGUACACCUACAACAAUUGGUCUCCUCCAGUGCAAAGCAAUGAAACAUCAAAUGGCUAUUUCUUGGAGAGAUCACAUAGUGCUAGGAUGACACUUGCAAAAGCUUGUGAACUCUGUCCUGAGGAGGAACCAGAUGACCAAGAUGCCCCAGAUGAGCAUGAAUCACCUCCACCAGAAGAUGCUCCAUUAUACCCCCAUUCCCCUGGAUCUCAAUAUCAGCAGAAUAACCAUGUGCAUGGACAACCAUAUACAGGCCCAGCAGCACAUCACAUGAACAACCCUCAGAGAACUGGCCAACGAGCACAAGAAAAUUAUGAAGGCAGUGAAGAAGUGUCCCCACCUCAGACCAAGGAUCAGUGAAAUGCACAUAUUAACUGGUUCCAUCAAGACUGUGCACCCAGGCCUUACAGUCCAACUUUUUCUGUGUCUGGCUAAUAUUUCAAACUAGAAAAACUAUUCCUAAUCAACAUGGAGUGGAGAGUUUAUUCACUGUCUUAUCUGCAGAAAUUUGCUGUCAAUAUAUAACCCGCCUGCAGUGGAAAGUGUAUAGUGUUUUGUAAUAAAUGGCCUGAUGCUAAUGUGUAAAUGGCAAAGGUGUAUAUAGUAUAUUAAUGUUUGACUGUUAAUUCUUAAGCAAGAAACUUUUUUUUUCCUUGAUGAGACUCACAGAUCUACAAAACUACAUUCAUUUUCUUGUUAUACCUACUGCUCUCUGCAGCCAGUGUUGCCUACCUUGUGGCAGUUGAAUCACCUCCUUUACAAAAACAAAGUAAACAAACAUCAACAAAACAGCCCAUUCAUACAUGUCACACCAAUAGUUUCGUGUUCAUUGUUUGCCACUGGAGUCAAUUUUACUAUGAGCAAUGUAAGACUAAUUACCUUUUGAUUUAUUUGGUUGAUGUGGAAAAUUGGUGAUGUACUAUGUUUCUAGUCUUUUUCAUUGCCUUUUUAUUCUGAUGUUAGGUUAAUCACUUUGAAGCUAUAGAUAUGCUGUAACAUUUAGCAUGGCUUCACACAAGUUAGUGUAGCCAAUGAAGAAAUAUUACCAUAAUGACUGCAGUUGUCCUGACAUGGCAUCUGCAUUGCUCGGAGCUUUUCUUCUUAAACCCUAGAUUAUAAAAUACAGACUGAGGGAGAACUGUGACAAGCAGGCAGUUCUCAAUUACACACGCAUUCUUCUCAUGUUUGACAGUGUGAUCUCUGGGUGGAAUAAAGAACACUUAAACUUACCAACUUGGUAAUGGGAAUUUUGAAAGAUUUAAAACAAAUACACAAAAAUUUGCUUCGCCAGGAUGCUGGCUGGAGCCUAGUAGUCUGUAUUUGGUGUGCUUGUUUCGUUCUUUGCUAGAGCUUACUAAGUGACUCUUUUCAAACUGUCCUUCUGCUGCGGAAGUCCUCAGAAUCCCACAAUCUUUGGAGUACCUCUGCACCAAGGUCUCUGGCUGAUUCUCUGCUCAGUCAAUUUUACUUGAAAGCAAAAAUUGUCCUAGCUCCUUUUCCAUUAUUCCAAAAAUUUUAACAUUCAAAGCAGGGUCUAAUUUUAAAAAUUACUGGUAGUUAAUAUAAUUGAGGGAUUAAAUUUUAGAAUAAACAAUUUGAAUAAAGACAAAGGACUCAGUUAAAACUGUAUUUCAGAGAAAAUUGGUGACUUGAAUAUGUGUAAUUUUUUUGCAACCUGUCUAAAACCAAAUACCCCUGCAAACAGAUACAGCCUACGCUAUUUAAAUAUUUUGCUGUUUUAUUUUAUAGAAAUUAUUUUGCUGAAUUUGCAAAUAGAAUUUGAUUUAAGAAGAACAUUUUGUCCUGUGGUGUGUUUGGGGGUUUUCGUACUUUGUCUGCCUCCCUCCCCCCCUUCUCUCUUUGAGGACUGCAUAUUUCGGAAAGCUAAUUUCUGUGCAUAGCAUGUGUAGACAUAACCUGCAGUGAAGAUUUUAGUCUCAUUACGUUUUUGUGCACAGAAAGAUGGGGUCUUUGGCUCUUUACUAAAGACUUGGAGAACAGGAUGUUGACGCUGUAAAAGUUCCCUAACAAUCAAUCUUGUACUUUUUGUAUGUUUUUAUAUACAUGUGUAUUUAAUGAGCACAAGCUUGGUUGUAUUUUUUACGAUUCAGUUGGUAGGAAAAUGUUGAAAGGCUAUAGUUGGCAUUGAUCAAAGCAGAAGCAAAAUUGAACAUAAUGUUAUUUUGUGAUUUAAAAGGGGCAGUAUUUAAGAUAAAGGUUUAGGUAUCUUAUUUGCAGUAUUUCACAGUUCUGCUUCUAGGCUUCCUGUAAUUUUAGCAACUUUUGACACCAGAUAGAUUGUGUUUACAUCAGAAUUUGCUUUUGUUUUGGUUUUUGGAGCCUGGGGAUCCAGGGCCUGAAGUACUCCAGGCUAGUGCUCUACCACUGAGCUGCACCUCCAGCCUGAAUUGAAGUUUGAGCAAAGGUUGUACAGUGUUUGCAAUUCCAACUGGAAACUUUUAAAAGUUCUUCAAGUAGUGAAAUAGGUUAGCUUUGUUUGGACGAGUAACUGGUACUAGUUACAUUAUCUUACCAUCUGACAUGUGACUUCGGUAUUUUCUGCUUCUUAAGGAAAUAAUGAAAUACGCAAAACUUAGUGACUUUAGGUAAGAGAGAAAACUUGACAUUUUCAAAGGCUGUGAAUUUUUCUUGGAGGGAUUCUAUCCCCCACCCCUGGUAGUUGCUUUGAGUGUAUAAGCCCACCAGUUCCAGAUGAUAAGUGCUUAUGAGUCAUGGUUCCCUUCAUUUGAGGAAGAGUGGGCCUGUGUCAUGACCAGGAAUGAGGGAAGGUGAACAGAGUUAUUUUUGUUUGUUUGUGCAAAUUAUUUUCUAUAUUAGCUCUUUAAGCAUUAAUGUAUAACCAGAAAUUUUAAGAUGCAUGUUAUUGUAAGAGCAACAUAGUGGUGAUUUCCAGGUCUUUUCUCUAAAACAUAAGUGGCACAUUUUAAAUUUGAAGUCUUAAAGUGCCUAAAAGUUAUUUGAUUCUCUCAACUGAUUUCUUUUGAGCCAUAUGUUUUCUCCUUUAAAUGUUUGUUGCAGAAUCACUAGUCUUCAUUUGAAGAGCUCCCACAUUUCUAAAUGGCAUGAUUACUCUAUUGAAGACAGUAGAAUCUGUUAACGUAAGACUGAAGAGAUUUUAUUGUGCAACUGUGUAAACUGGGGCUUUGCCCAGUCGGAUCUAAGUAUUUUUGUGUACAACUUGGUAAACACCGUAUUGCUGCUGUUUCUAAGCCCUCCACCUACCAAAUUCUCAUGUUCAGCAUCGCAGAGGCAGAAAUACAAGCAUAAUCAUAUAUGGGCUUUGUUUUUUUGUUUAUUUUUCUCAGUGAUGAUUUCCCAGCUUUUUUUGUCUCUUAGCUAUAAUUAUACAGACCUAGAAUUAUUCAAAUGUUUUCUAUUUUCAUGAUUAACUUUUAUUAGUGGACAAUAACAACUUAAGUCUUUAAUCCUCAUAUUGGUUAAAAAGAUGAGGAGCCUUUUUUAUUUGAAUUACUUUUGUAAAGGAAAGCAACAGUCUGAAUAUUCAGGUGACUACUUUGGCAUAGUUCUUCAGGUUUUUAUUAGUAUUUUUCCAGGUUAUGUUUUCCCAUGAACUAUUUUACUUUUUUGUGGUUAAUUUGGUGGCUAUAUCCUGCCUUAUUUAGAAUUUUAGAAAAUUGCCUUUUUGUGAAAAGUGCCCAGUUUUUAUUUCUAGUUUGAAGGUACGAGGACAUACAACUGCUGAUAAAGGAAAACAGCACCCCUUUGCCCCAGCUUCUGUGUUACCAACAUAACCAUUCUCAGUACUGGUUUCAUUGUAGGGCCCAACCAGAAUUGGUCCUGCACCUACAUGAGUGUUGCAUAUUUGAAAAGAGUUUGGGUGUGAUAAAUCACUACAGAAGUGCUGAAUGUAUUAAGAACUUGCUGCCGAUUGUAUUUCUAAUGAUUAUUUUGUGUUUGCAGAAGUAUGUAGCACUUGUCCUCCAAGCUUACAGGUGUAAGGGGGGAAAGGUGAACCACAUUUUAAAGUCACUAAUGAGUGUGAUUUUUUUUUUUUUUUUUUUUGGAAUUGGGGUUCUCAAAAGGAAAUUUCACCGCCCAAAUCCCACAUACUUCUUAGCCUUUUACAAGCCAACAGACUGACAUAAAGAUUGUCCGCAGUUCGUAAGAUCUAGCACAUAUACAAAAAUAAAACUUUAUAAAUUAAA